AUGGGCGGCGACACCUGCCACCAUUGCGGUUCCCUCCGUCCUACAGAACACAUCCCUUUGCCUGACCAAAUCUCUCCGUCGCCAUUCUCCGACCCCCCUCAUCUAACCGGCACCGUCUGUCCCGGCGACUUCGUUGAAUCCAUCCACCCCGCUCAUUCCCGUACCGCUCCUUUCUACGCCAACCUGUCGCCUGCGCCAGAUCGAGACGUAGCAGAGGCUGAAGCAUCGCUAGACAAAAUGCGGGAUUUCGACGCUAAUGAGGACAUCUUCGUAGUGAUUGCGCAUGACUCGACGCUUUUGUCUGUGGUGGAUUUCUUUCCGAAGAGGGCGAAUGAGUGGAAAGAGAGGGGGUGGAAGGAGAUGAGCCGGUGGAGGUUCUUGGAGGAUUUUGGUCAGGCGGUGGGGAGUAAGGUGGUUGAAUAG